UCAACCUUGAUACCCAUUCUGUAAGACAGUAUAAAUUUAUUUAAUGACUUAACUGCUUCUUUUUAAGAAUUUAACGAAAUAACAUUUGUUGUUUGGAAAUUUAUUUGAAUUUAAUACAAGGGGCAUAUUAAAAGAAACACGUGAAUGUCUCGAUUGUGGAUUUCUGAUUUAAUUAGUGUACUUAAAGGAUCACAAAAAGUAACAAAUGAAAUUAUAAAACAUCAGGAAGAAGCAUUCAAAUUUAUUAUCUUACAUUCUAGUAUACGAACCUCUGUAAAAAGUUGCUUAAAAGAUGUAGGAGUAAAAAUAAAUAACAUAGAUCCAAGUAAGGUUCCUGAACAAGUGGCAGUUGAAUUAAAGAAUACAUUAAAUCGUUUAAAUGUUGUUGAAAAAGGCAUGACACAGUAUAUAAAAACUAGAACUAAUCGAGCAUUGAACAUCGCUGAUGAUGAUUAUAAACCUACAGUACAUAAAACAAAAUUAUACGUGUAUAAUUCAGCAAAAGAUCCCAAGGAAAUACCUAUUGAUGAAAAAGAUAUGUCAGUAAAAAAUAAUUCAAAACAGACAAUAUCGGAAGAUAAUUUACAGAAUACUUUUAUUGCGAACAAAAAAUAUGCAACUGUCAAAGAAAAAAUAGAAACAAUAACCAAGAUGGAAAACGUACCAAAAAUUGAACUUUCUAGAAAAGAAAAGGAAAUUUUACAUAAAUUAGAGUUAGAACAUGAGAAAGCUGAAAGAAAACAGGUCUCAGAAAAUGUACUUUCUUCUCAAAAUGUCAAUGAUAAAACAGAAGUAAAACAAAAUGAUGUACAUACUUCAAAAGCUUCAACAAAACCUCAUAUUAAACCAUCUAUAAAGCCUAAACAAUCUCUUUCAGCUAAUGCAAAAGAACGAACAGUCCCUUCUACAAGACUUCAGAGAAUGGUUAAUUUUGGUACUUUGGGUAUUGGUCUUGGAAUCGGAACGAUUGCAGAAUAUACACGUAGAUCAUUAGGUUUAAAGGAACAAAGGAUGAGUGAAACUGUUGAUAAUAUGUUUCUUACUAAAGCUAAUGCAGAAAGAAUUGUCACAACAUUAUGCAAAGUAAGAGGUGCUGCUUUGAAAAUUGGACAAAUAUUGAGUAUCCAAGAUAAUACUAUUAUAAGUCCAGAACUACAAAAAGUUUUUGAAAGAGUUAGACAAAGUGCUGAUUUUAUGCCAAAAUGGCAAAUUGAGAGAGUACUUUGUUCUGAAUUGGGUUACGAUUGGCGAAAUAAAUUAACAAAAUUUGAAGAAAAACCAUUUGCUGCUGCAUCUAUUGGUCAAGUACAUCAUGCUACAUUAUUAACUGGAGAAGAUGUAGCAAUUAAAAUUCAAUAUCCUGGUGUAGCUGCUGGUAUCCAGAGUGAUAUUGAAAACUUAAUAGGCAUAAUGAAGGUGUGGAAUAUGUUUCCAGAAGGUAUGUUUAUUGACAAUUUAGUUGAAGUAGCAAAACGUGAACUUGCUUGGGAAGUGGAUUAUCUAAGAGAAGCAGAAUGUACAAAAAAAUAUAAAGAGCUUAUGAGUCCUUACAAUGAUUAUUAUAUACCAAAAGUUAUAGAUGAACUUUCAACGAGUCAAGUAUUUACAACAGAACUAGUGGAUGGUAUUCCUGUAGAUAAAUGUGCUGAAAUGGAUUUAGAAAUACGAGAAAAUAUAUGCAAAUUAAUCAUGCGUUUGUGUUUAAUGGAAUUAUUUGUAUUUCGAUAUAUGCAAACAGAUCCAAAUUGGUCAAAUUUCUUCUAUAAUCCUGAAACAAAACAGCUUGUAUUGCUGGACUUUGGAGCAUGUCGAAGUUAUGAAAAAGCAUUCAUGGAUAAAUACAUAGAAGUUAUAAAUGCAGCUAGUUUAGGAGAUAGAGAAAAAGUUUUGAAUAUAUCCAGAGAUAUGGGUUUUUUAACUGGAUAUGAAACUAAGAUUAUGGAAAAUGCUCAUGUGGAGACGGUAAUGAUACUAGGACAAAUUUUUCAAAGUGAUCGAGAAUAUUUUGAUUUUGGUGGACAAGAUGUUACGAAGAGAAUUCAAGCACUGGUUCCAACUAUAUUAAAUCACCGACUGUGUCCUCCUCCUGAAGAAAUUUAUAGUUUGCAUAGAAAAUUAUCAGGCGUGUUUUUACUAUGUGCAAAACUUAAUGUUAAAAUGAAUUGUCGUAAUAUGUUUCGUGAAGUAUACAAUAAUUAUACAUUUGGAUAAUAUUAUUAAAACUGAAGAUGAAUGAUAAA